AUGUUAUCCAAACGGACUAAGAAGCCCACAGAAAAACUUCUGGCAAUGGCUGCUGAGGGCCAAAACAAGCGGAAGGCAACAGACAAUGCUUCUAACACUAUUAUUGCACCUAAACGUAACAAAAUAACAUCAUCUGUCAACUUGGAACAAGCUACAAAAAGUCCAUCCCCAGGCCCGACUUCCUAUCGAGCCACAGUACGGACCGAAGAAGAGGAGGCAUCUCUCACAGAUGCCAUUGUAAUCUCUGAUGAUGAUGCAGAAAAGGCCAAGGAAAGUUCAGUAGAAGAUGUAGCAGAAUCCUCAGAGGCCGAACUAGGUAGUGUUUUGAUUUCUAAACUUGUUAAUCAGUACUAA